CUUUUGGGGCUAAGAAAUCGCGAAAUGACAGUCCAAUCGAAAAGAGUGCCUAAUUUCAUUCUUCUUCACUUCCUUCCCCAAAAUUUCAGGGUCGUUAUUUGUUUGGAUCAUUUCCCAAUCCCAAUCCCAAUUCACCUCCCACCACUGUACAUCACCACUCACAACGAAUUCAUUCAUUCCAGACGCAAAUUUUUUACCAAUUUUCUCCUCAUAAUUUUGAUCCUAUACUUUCCCCUCGACAUAAUUUCGAUAUUAUUCUUUGUCUGUUUAUACUCCCUUCUUCGCCCUUCGCGUAGAGGCCUAUUGGGAAUUGAUCUCAACUUGCUCUUCGCAUAGGGCAACCAUUAUAUAUAAGGGCUUCUAUUGACAUGUUAAUGGAUGUAUUUAUUCUAGGAGUAAAAUUACUGUUUCCCUCCACUUUCCUUUUAUGGAUUAUCCUUACAAGCUCCUUCACUAUUCCCGUGGUGCUUUCCAAAACAGACUCCCGCCAAGUUUCUGCUCUCAACAAUAUGUACCAAUAUUUGAAGCCCUCUUCCAAACUUGAAGGAUGGAAAAAGGAUGGAGGAGACCCUUGUGGUGAUGAUUCUUGGCAGGGUAUUAAGUGCUCUGGUUCAGAUAUUAUUGAAAUUGAUUUAUCUGGCUUGGGACUUUCUGGAUCACUAGGGUUCCAGCUUGAUAAGUUGGAGAAAGUCACCUACUUUGAUGUGAGCAAAAACAACCUCAAGGACAACAUACCGUAUCAACUUCCUCCUCGCACGCAGCACCUAGAUCUCUCUGGAAAUCAAUUCAGUGGAACUGUGCCUUAUUCAAUUUCUCAGAUGGCUGAUCUUAAAUUUCUGAAUCUGAAUCAUAAUAAGAUAAGUGGAUCACUGAGUGAUAUGUUUGGACAACUUACUAAACUCACUGAGAUGGAUCUGUCCUUCAAUUCAAUAUCAGGCAGUUUGCCUCAGAGUUUCAGAUCCCUCUCAAGCCUCAGCAAAUUGCACAUGCAGAAUAAUCAGUUUACUGGAUCAAUAAAUGUUCUUGCCGAUCUUCCACUUGACGAUUUGAAUGUAGCAAACAACCAAUUGACAGGCUGGAUUCCUGAUGAGCUGAAAGACAUAAAGAAAUUAGAGACUGGAGGGAAUUCUUGGUCUUCUGGAGCAGCUCCUCCUCCGCCUCCUGGGCAGAAAAGUAAACCUCACACCGGGCGGUCAGGAAAGGAAGCUAAGUCUGGCCUGGGCGCAGCAGCCAUUAUUGGGAUAAUACUGGGUGUUCUGUUGCUACUUAUUUUUAUAAUUGUUCUAUUUUCGAAAAAAAGAUCAUCACCUUCAUCCCAUUUUCUUGAGGAAGAUAGGUUUAGCCAGCGUCAACGUUUCACUCCUCUUUCAUCUCAGGAGUUAUCUAGUGGCACACGUGGCAACAUGUGUGAGGACUUCAGAGAUUCUUCAUCCGCUACAGAAAAACAUUUGCAAACCUCUUCUUCGAUGGUUCUUAAGCGUCUUACUUCAGAGCGACGCAAGUCUUUUAAUGAGAAGGAGUUGACAAAUCCUCCAACUUCAAAUCAUCUCAAGUCGUUCAAUGAUAAAGAGUUUGCAAAUCCUCUGAGUGCGAAGAGAAGCAGUUCAGUGCACUUAGCCUACUAUCCGUUAGCUGAUUUGCAGAAUGCAACUGGUAACUUUGCAAGUUCUCGCCUUCUUGGUGAGGGAUCAAUUGGUCGAGUAUACAGGGCAAAAUAUCCAGAUGGCAGGGUUCUGGCGGUAAAGAAAAUAGACUCCUCUUUUUUCCAAGAUAGGCAGUGCACAGAAUUGGCAGACAUUGCUUCCAAAGUUUCCAAGCUUCACCACCCAAAUAUUGCUGAAGUGUUUGGUUAUUGUUCAGAACAGGGACAGAAUAUGUUAAUCUAUGAGUAUUUUAGGAAUGGUUCACUUCAUGAAUUCCUACAUGUGUCAGAUGACUUCAGCAAACCGCUUACAUGGAAUACAAGAGUCAGAAUCGCUCUAGGUGCCGCUCGUGCUAUUGAGUACCUGCAUGAGGUUUGUUCUCCAUCCUGUCUCCACAGGAAUAUAAAAACUUCGAACAUCUUGCUAGACGCUGAACUGAAUCCUCGUCUCUGUGAGUGUGGCUUGGCAAUGUUUCAUGAGCGUGCAAGCAGAAACUUGGAUGCUGGAUACACUGCUCCAGAAUGCACAAAACCUUCUGCUUAUACUUUGAAGAGUGAUGUUUACAGCUUCGGAGUUGUCAUGUUGGAAUUAUUGACAGGGCGAAAGCCUUUUGACAGUUCAAAGCCAAGAUUAGAGCAGUAUCUGGUCCAAUGGGCAUCGCCCCAACUACAUGAUCUAGAUGCCUUGGAAAAAAUGGCUGAUCCUGCCCUGCGUGGACUUUAUCCUCCUAAAUCCCUCUCUCGAUUUGCCGAUGUGACUGCUUUGUGCGUGCAGUUGGAGCCAGAAUUCCGACCACACAUGUCCGAGGUGGUGCAGGCACUAGUCCGUUUAGUGCAAAGAUCGAGCUUGAGCCAGAGAGAGGAUCUAAGUGCAUCUCGGCGGAUAGAUGAUGAUUACUGAUACUGAGAAAACCAGUUCUCGGCCAAAGUGAAGGGGACACACUUCCUUACCAAGUGGGGAAGAGGAUAAGUGUACGUAUGUUUCAUUACGUUACAAGGAUGGGGCAAACCAGGGACACUCUCUAGAAUAGGGACCAAUCCCCCGGACCCCCUCCCAAAAAAAAUAUCCCAAUCUAUUCAGACAAACAAAAAAGUGACAACAUUUUUUGCUUAUAUCGUCUUCUCCUUUACGGAAAUAUAGUGUUCCCAUCAAAGGACCGAAGACUCUUGUACGUGGGGUGCGUACUUUGAAUGUCCAAACCGCUUUACAGUAUACUAUUCUUGAUCUCGUAUAA